AUGAGUCAACUUCCGCCCACGGGCCAAACCCCUAUCACUACCUUUUCGUCUUUUGAGGGCGCCCAACGUUUCGAACGUGACUUCUUCUCAACACUCCAGCCAUACACCAAUAUCUCCCACGCCAAUCAUCACAUCCAGCUUACCCGCACCAUUAUAUCUGCUAUUCUUGACACCAACGACAACCCUAACAUCAACAACACCGCCAUAUACUUAGCCCGUAUUCGACGUGACCGCGCCAACUUAUCUACUGAUCUCGACACCAUCCGCAAUGCAUCUGCCAAACAUUCUGACUCCAUUGCUGCUCUCAACGCCGAUAUUGUACGCCUUCGUCACGAGCGCCACACAAUCCUCACCGAAUGUAACACCGCUAAUACUGCCCGCGAUUUAGCUCGAGCUGACCACGACCAACACACCAUCGAACCCAACUCUCUAGCUAAUGACCUCGAUCGCAUCCACAACGAACGCGGCACACUCAUCACUGAACGCGACCAGCUUGUCACUGAACUUGAUCACAUUCACUCCGAACGAGUUACCCUCGUCACUGAACGCAAUCAGGCGCAAUCUAAUUACAAUGACAUCGCCCUCGAACGUGACAAUCUUCCUCGUAAUCUUACACGUACACAAGACAUCAAUACCACCACAACCACCGAACACACCACAUUACAAAACAGCCUCGCCCGCAUCCGUCGUGAACGUGACACAUACUUCGAGGAAUGUGAAGAGACCCGCAUUGAACUCAUUCAAGCACCCAGCGUAUACAAAGGUGACACCUUUGAGAAUAUGUAG